AUGUCAGCGGUGCUGUUGCCGCCAGCAACAACAACCAGUCGGCAUGGGACUCGAUCCGCAAGGCAAACAGUCCGCCAUGAUGACGCCUGGGAACGCCUGCGCAAGCAGCAGCCAAGCGGCAACUCGCAGCAGCAAGCUCGCGGAUCGAGGAACACUGCCUACGAGUUUGUGGACGCGUGGGACAAAAUGAACGAUAACCGCAGCCCAGCGUACCGGGACGACGGCAGCGCAAGCAGCAGUGAGUCACACAGCUUUGGCGGUGGUGCCCUGACCAGCGACGACUUCCCCCGGUCUCGAGAGGACUUUGAGGAAGCAUCGCACAAGUCUGCGAACAAGUACGGUGACACAGGCACUGAUAUUGGUGCGCCCUCGACCAGCAGUGUUGACGCCCAUAUGAGCAUUGGCAUACAAUUGGCAGCGGCGACGAACAGAGGCCACGCUGCCAACAGCCGUGUGGCGGUGGCCAACGAUGGUGGUCCGCAUACAGCCGAUACAUUGCCACUAUGA